AUGUUCUCCUUUCUCACUCAAUCCUUGUGGCCAGCCCUUGAGGUUUUCACCCGCCUGUCCUACCCAACAGACCCGCCAGCGAACCCAGAUUCCUUCCCCAAUGCCCCCUACUACAGCACUGGCCAACAGGAUAUCUUUUUCAUCAUAACAUGUAUAGCCGUCAUGGCUAUCCUGCGCGACGCGCUGCGUCUCGGUGUCUUCGAACCCUUUGCUCGCUGGAAGCUCAUGCGCGAUCUCAGGAAGAGGAACAUCGCGUCCGUCCCAGGUUCACCCGUCAAGGAGAAGCCGUCCACCAACGGCCACCUCAAUGGUAAUGGACACGUCGCUAACGGCAAUGGUCACGCUGCGAACGGGAACGGGAAAACACACCAUGGAAAUGGCCACGCAGCCAAUGGGAACGGUCACAUCAUCGGAAGCGGUUACUCAAGCCCCGCCUCUCUCGCUGGCAAGCCUACGACGAAACAGCUCAAGCAGGUCAACCGAAGCGUCCUUCGAUUUGCAGAGCAGGGUUGGUCUGUCGUAUAUUAUACCUUCUCGUGGAGUUAUGGCCUGUAUGUGCACUACCACCUGCCCACCAAGGUCCUCCAACCCUCUGCCGUAUGGAAGAACUACCCCCACAUCCCCCUGGCAUUACCUGUCAAGUUCUACUACCUGGUCCAGACCGCCUUUUACCUCCAUCAAAUUCUCAUCCUCAAUGCAGAGGCCAGACGGAAGGAUUUCUGGCAAAUGAUGGCCCACCAUAUUAUCACCGUUGGUUUGCUGGUCCUCAGCUACUUCACCAACUUUACCCGCGUGGGCUGCAUCAUCCUCCUUUUGAUGGAUACGUGCGAUAUCUUCCUUCCAUUGGCAAAAAUGAUUAGGUACCUUGAGGUCAGCCAGCUGGCUACCGAUGUCAUCUUUGGCUGGUUCAUGGUGUCUUGGUUUGUAACCCGACACUUCCUAUUUAUUCUCGUCAUUUGGUCUGCGGCUUAUGACGCGACGAAAUACAUUCCUUUCGUGGUCGACCCUUCGAGAGGUUUCUACCUCACCAGGACCGCAUAUCUGGCUUUUGUUGGAAUGCUUAUCGCUCUUCAGAUUCUGCAGUGUAUCUGGUUCUGGAUGAUCUGCCGGGUUGCUUACCGAGUUGUUACUGGAAGUGGUGCAGAAGAUACCCGAAGUGAUGACGAAAUUGAAGCCGAGUAA